AAUGUUGAGUGUAAUUUCCCAAAAGCUUUUCAUUUCUUUAUGGUUUUUAGUCGUGUCCGUGAAUGGCAGCUUUUGCAGAUUUCUAUAAGAAUCCACUCUCUGUUAAUCUGUCUUCUUCUCCUCUGUUUUGUUUAUAUCUAUACAGUGUGCUGCGCCUUGUUUUGCUUCAAUCGUUCCUCAGAUUCCACACGUUUCCAUGUCAACUCUCAACGCGGAACUCACUCACCCUCAACACCGAACUGAAAAGCUUGAAACUUCGGUUUAGAUGUCGGUGCUCACUUUACCUUCUUUCAUGGUUUCUGUUUCUGUGAUUCUUUUGGUUUUACUCCAUUCGUUUCACACCCAACAUGCAAUCUCUGUCACCAAAACUUCACCGGAUGAGCUUUUUCCACGUGAAACCCUUUAUAAAGCAAGGAAAUUGGAGUCCAACAAUGGCGUUAUCAUAAGAGGAAACGCAACUCUUCACAGCGUUAACGGUACUUUCGAGCUGGGUUUCUUCAGCACAGAUGGGGAAUCCAAUUGGUAUUUAGGAAUAUGGUACUCUUCCAUUCCAACCCAAACGCGCGUUUGGGUCGCAAAUCGUGAAAAACCCAUCAAGAACAUCACCCAAUCUUCACUUGAAAUCACCGAAACAGGGCGAUUAGCGGUGAAGGAGUCGCCGGAUUCAGUCGUAUGGGAGAGCACAAACCGUGAAAAAGCGAAAAUGUUCAAUCUUUUAGAGAGUGGGAAUCUGGUGUUAUAUUCAUCGGAAGGUUCAAAAAUAUGGCAAAGCUUCGAUCAUCCGACGGAUACGUGGCUGCCGGGGAUGAACAUCAGCGCCCAACGAUCUUUGACCUGUUGGAAGAGCUUCUUUGACCCAUCGCCAGGAUAUUUCUCUCUAAGGCUAAAUCCCCAAGAGUUCAACGAGUUUCAGCUCGUUUACAAUUCAACCAAUGUGUAUUGGUCCACCGGAAACUGGACCGGAACUGCUUUCGCCAAUGUGCCACAAAUGACAAUCCGUUACAUUUACAAGUUCCAUUUCUCCGAUCCGUACUUGCCAAUGGCGUCGUUUUGGUACACAGAAAGAGCACUGGAUAACGGACUGGACCCUCCAUUGACAAGGUUUCAGAUUGAUGCCAACGGACAGCUAAAGCAAUUCACAUGGUCGCCACAGAUAGAGAAUUGGAACAUGUUUUGGUCUGUGCCGGAUGAUAAGUGCAGAGUUUACGGAUUAUGUGGUGCUUUCGGAACUUGUGCAAGUUCUUCUUUAAAACCCUGUGUUUGUCUUAACGGAUUUAGACCUUUGGAUGAUGAAGGAUGGAAUUCUGGAGAUUUUACCAGUGGUUGUAGAAGAGAAAGUGACGAUUUUUGCGAGGAUAAAGAUGGGUUUGAGAAGCUAGGUUAUGUUGGGUUUGAUGGAUGGACAACGGUGUCGUUUUCAGGCAGUAGGAGUUCUUGUCAGAAGUAUUGUCUGAAAAAAUGUUCUUGUGUUGGGUUGUAUCAUAAUGGGAGGACUAAUCUGUGUAAGAAUGUAUAUGGUUCUGUGUUGAAUUUCAGAAAUUUGAACUCUGAUGGUAUCAAUGAAGAUGUGUUUUAUAUUAGGGUUCCAAAGGAAGGAAUUGCGAAGCAAAAUGUGUCGAAAACCAUGAUUUUGGUUGCUUGCGUUGUCGGGUCUAUUGCAGCUUUGGGGUUCUUGGGGUUGAUCUUGUUGGUUCUGAGGAAAAGAAGUGAGAACAUGAAGGGGAAUGGGGAUGAUGAUGAUGAUGAUGAUGGUGUUUUCCCCUGUUUGAAUCUCAAAGUAUUCACUUACAAAGAGCUUAAUACUGUGACUCGAGGGUUUUCGGAGAAACUGGGGCAUGGCGGAUUUGGUGUGGUCUUUCGAGGUGAGCUAUCAGAUUCUACUCCGGUCGCUGUUAAACGCCUUGAAAGGCCGGGGAGUGGUGAGAAAGAGUUCAGGGCUGAGGUGUGCACCAUUGGCAACAUUCAACAUGUUAAUCUGGUGAGACUAAGAGGAUUUUGCUCAGAGAAUUCUCGUAGGUUACUUGUAUAUGAUUACAUGCCUAACGGUCCCUUGAGUGCGUACCUACGCCGAGAUGGUCCAAACUUUUGCUGGGAUGUUAGGUUCCGAGUUGCAUUAGGCACUGCAAGAGGCAUAGCAUAUCUACAUGAGGCAUGUAGGGACUGUAUCAUUCAUUGUGAUAUCAAACCCGAAAACAUUCUAUUGGAUGGUGAUUACAUGGCAAAGGUAUCUGAUUUCGGAUUAGCAAAGCUGGUUGGCAGGGAUUUUAGCAGGGUAUUAGCCACAAUGAGGGGUACCUGGGGCUAUGUUGCCCCGGAAUGGAUAUCCGGUAUGGCAAUCACACCAAAAGCCGAUGUUUACAGUUACGGGAUGACAUUGUUAGAACUAAUUGGUGGCCGCAGAAACGUGGAGGCACUACAAUCUGCAGAAAACACCAAUGCUUUCACCGAGGGAGGGAACGGAGAAAAGUGGUUUUUCCCUCCAUGGGCAGCACGCCAAGUAAUUGAGGGCAACGUGGCCGCAAUCGUGGACAGUAGACUCGGCAUUGCGUAUAACGUCCAGGAGGCCGAGCGACUUGCUAUGGUAGCAAUCUGGUGCAUACAAGAUGAAGAGGUAUCGAGGCCUACAAUGGGAACGGUAGUGAAGAUGCUGGAAGGAGUGGUGGAAGUAACCACUCCCCCACCACCGAAACUGAUACAAGCACUAGUUGCCGGGGAUUCCUAUCGUGGCGUUAGAAUGAAUUACGACACGUCUACAGCCGGUGAUGGAUUCUCAAGUGCCGGUUCACGGUCGUCUCUUUGUAACCUCUCGUCCAAAUUGGAUGAGAAUCCAGAGGUCUAAUUGUGUACACCAUUAUUGAUGAUAACCGACUAAUGCCAUUGUAUCUGUUUCUUCUAGAUCUGUUUUCAUGCAAAUGGAGCUGAUAAUUGUAGUUAAAGAUCAUUUUACAUGAAAACGACUGUUGCAUGUAAUCAUAAACAUUUGAAUUCUCAUAUAAAAGAGAAUAAUGGUUUAUUAUUACAGUUUUGACAUACUCCAAAGGCACAGAGAAACGAAUAUUAAAAGCCCCCACCAUUAUGAUUUCACCA